CACACCGUCCAAUCAGCAUGUUGGUGGGCGUAACCACAUUGAAUCCUCCAUCCAUCUUCCUGCAGACUUUCCUGCGUGCGGAGAGGAGAGAAACUACUCUACGAACACACUGCAUCAUACCAGCUGCUGCUAAAAUAUUAAGGGCAGAUGAAGAUGGGACCGCCCCUGCGAUACCGCUCCUUGCGUGUCUUCUUGCAUGACGACCGCCACGUCAUGGCCAAGCAUUCAGCCAUCUACCCAAGUCAGGAGGAACUGGAGAAUGUCCAAAACAUGGUGUCCCAUACAGAGCGAGCCCUUAAGGCUGUGUCAGACUGGCUGGAUAAACAGGAGAAGUCAGACACUGAUGGCUCAGAAGCCGAUAAGGAAAGCACUGAACCGAAGGAACAACCCAUCCGAACUCUUCGUGGCGUGAUGAGGGUGGGACUGGUGGCAAAGGGCCUCCUACUGAAGGGAGAUCUGGACCUUGAACUGGUACUCUUAUGUAAGGACAAGCCAACCAUCACUUUGUUGAAGAAGGUGACCGACAACAUCGAUGCACAGCUCAAGAUCGUCACAGAAGACAAGUAUGUUGUAAGCCAUGACGUACAGGAGGCCACUAUCACCAUCAAGAGCACAAAGGAGCCCCCUCUCAACCUCACCAUUCACCUGACUGCCCCUUUGGUUCGCGAGGAGAUGGAGAAGGCUGCGGCUGACGAAACGCUAACAGUCAACGAUCCCCCGGAUGCUCUGGACAGGCAGAAAUGCCUAACUGCCUUGGCGUCUCUUCGCCACGCUAAGUGGUUCCAGGCCAGAGCCAACGGACUGCGCUCCUGUGUGAUUGUUAUUCGAGUUCUAAGGGACCUGUGUGCCCGUGUCCCCACAUGGACUCCUCUCCGUGGCUGGCCACUAGAGCUGAUCUGUGAGAAAGCCAUUGGCACAGGAAACCGGCCCAUGAUGGCAGGAGAAGCACUUCGCAGAGUUCUAGAAUGUAUUGCGUCAGGAAUCCUGAUGCCAGAUGGUGCUGGAAUAUGUGAUCCGUGUGAGAAGGUGUCCACAGAUGCUAUUGGCCACUUGGACUACCAGCAGCGGGAAGACAUCACAUUGAGUGCACAGCAUGCCUUAAGGCUGUCAGCGUUUGGACAGCUUCACAAAUUGCUUGGAAUGGACCCGCUCCCCAGUAAGAUACCCAAGAAAUCUCCUGGACCUCAAAUUGAUUAUUCAGUGCAAAUCCCCCCGAGCACAGCAUAUGCUCCAGCAAUGAAAAGGCCGAUUGAGGACGAAGAGGGGAUUGAAGACAAGAGUCCCAAUAAGAAGAAGAAAAAACUGCAGAAAAAAUCUGCCGAAGAUAAACCUGAUCCUCCCCAGGCUAUGAAUGCUUUGAUGCGGCUUAACCAGCUGAAGCCGGGUCUACAAUACAAGCUGAUAUCGCAGACGGGCCCGGUCCAUGUUCCCGUUUUCACUAUGUCAGUAGAAGUUGAUGGCAAGACCUUUGAGGCAUCGGGCCCAUCCAAACGCACUGCCAAGCUGCAUGUAGCUGUAAAGGCCCUGGAAGACAUGGGUUUGCCCACUGGAAUGGAUGAAAAAACUGAAGCUGAAGAAGUCCCAGUACCUGUGGUGAAUGUAAAGCCUGUACAAAAAACAACCAGUGCUGAUAAAACUGAUGCUGCCGAGGCCGCCAAACAGGGACCGAUUUUGACCAAACAUGGCAAGAAUCCGGUGAUGGAACUGAACGAGAAGCGCCGUGGCCUCAAGUACGAACUUAUCACCGAGACCGGCGGCAGCCAUGACAAGCACUUCAUCAUGGAGGUGGAGAUUGACGGAAAGAAGUUCCAGGGGACAGGUUCCAACAAGAAGGUGGCCAAGGCUUACGCGGCACUGGCUGCUUUGGACCGGCUCUUUCCAGAGAGUUCUUUGACUGUAGUGGCAAAAAAGAAAAAGGGAGCAUACAUGAACAACGAUGGCUUUAUGAUGGGGCCGCCUGCACCCAGAGGCCGCGGUAGAGGACGAGGUCGUGGAAGAGGCCGGGGUUUCAAUAACGGAGGCGCCGUAGGAGGAGGAGGAGGCUUCGGCACGUACGGUUACGGCAACAACUCCGGGUCUGGAUACAAUUUCUACAAGAACGGUGGUGCAAACGGAGGAGGCGGGCUAUCAGGUGGCCCUUCAAUUGGUUCUCUGGCCAGCACAGGACUUGGAACAAAUCUGGGCCCAGGGCUUGGAUCAAACAUGGGCUUGGGAUUUGGAUCAAACAUGGGCCCGGGAUUUGGAUCAAACAUGGGCCCGGGAUUUGGAUCAAACAUGGGCCCAGGGCUUGGAUCAAAAAUGGGCCCGGGGCUUGGAUCAAAAAUGGGCCCGGGGCUUGGAUCAAAAAUGGGCCCGGGGAUUGGAUCAAAAAUGGGCCCAGGGAUUGGAUCAAAAAUGGGCCAGGGGCUUGGAUCGAACAUGGGCCAGGGGCUUGGAUCGAACAUGGGCCAGGGGCUUGGAUCGAACAUGGCCUCAGGACUUGGAUCAAACAUGGGCCCGGGCUCAUUUGGCUCAUACUACGAGGGUGACGGAGCCUACAAUGCCACAGCUGCGCCUAAAAAUGUUAAAACCAAACUCUUCACUCGCGGAGGAAAGCCACCUUUCCAGAAGCUGUCUGGCGGCAGAGGGGCUGGAGGCUACAAGGCCAACAACCCUGCGGGACGGAGCACCUUUUCCCAGUACGGCCAGGGCUAUGGGCAAGGAAAGAAGAAUUUCAACCAGGGCACUGGGGGCGCAUACUCCUACAGCACUGCCUACCCCAGCCAGGUGACCGGUGGCAGCGGAGGAAACCAGAACUACAAUUACGAAGGCUUCAGCAACCAGUCUAAUUACAACUCGCAGGGAGGUGGCGGGGACCACUCUGGCUUUGGCGAGGCCGACCACGCUGGCUUUGGCGGGGCCGACCACUCGGGCUUUGGCGGGGCCGACCAGUCGGGCUUUGGCGGGGCCGACCAGUCGGGCUUUGGCGGGGCCGACCAGUCGGGCUUUGGCGGAACUGACCACUCGGGCUUUGGCGGGACCGACCAGUCAGGCUUUGGCGGUGACCACUCAGGCUUUGGCGGUGACCACUCAGGCUUUGGCGGUGACCACUCGGGCUUUGGCGAGGACCACUCGGGCUUUGGCGGUACCGACCACUCUCAGUAUGGAGGCUACGACCAGGGAGACGAUGGUGGAAAUUACCAGUAUAGAUAGACUCGCUAUCAUGCUUCGUCAUCUCCAUAAUCAUCUGCAAAGAAAAUAAUUGAUGGCUCGCCUCUACUCCUCUGCCUUCCUCCAUGUUUGCUGUUAAUAUGCAUAUUAGGUGGUGUGUUGCACAUAAACUCCAGAAGGUGUCCAGCUAAUGCCCGACCACAUAUUUGAAGAGCUUUGCUAUUUCCUUUUUAGUUACAUAGUUGUCUUGUUCUGUAUUUAUAAAACCACCGAGUAGGAAAACUGAUGCUAUGGGUCUUGUGUAACACGGACAUUUUUUUAACAAGUUGCAAAGCGACUGCAACAAAUUUAUCUCAUAGGCUUUUAGUUUUUGACGUUAUUUUCCUUGAUUAGAUGAUUACUUUUAGUAAUGACGAAGACUACUGGAAAUGCAUCUGUUUAUUCCAUAUUAGUGCUCCUAGUAGCUUUUGAUUUUGUGGGUGAAAUUUUUUUUCUUCCUGUGUAUGUAACAAAUGUGUUUGUAUUGAAACAAGUUAUUUUGAA